AUGUUUAGUGGAACUUUUUCACUUUUAUUUUUUUCUAUAUUAUUUUUGCCGUCUAAUAUUAUUUGCAUUGAGAAUGGAAGACGGAAAAUUUAUCCUUUUCAAAAUACCUCGUUGCCAUUCAAUGAACGAGUUGAUGAUUUAGUUAGUCGGCUUAAUGUAUCUGAAAUUAUUCUUCAGUUGUCCAGGGGUGGAUCUGUCUAUCCUGCCCCAGCAAUACCCCGAUUUGGGAUCAAACCUUACCAAUGGGACACCGAAUGUCUUCGGGGAGAUGCAGACGCAGGCAUCGCUACGGCCUUCCCCCAGGCUAUUGGACUGGCCGCAGCUUUCAGUCCAAAAUUGAUCUAUGAAGUGGCUGAGGCAGUUGGAGAAGAGGUUCAUGCCAAACACAUUGAUUUCAUGAAACGGCGUCAAAUGGGAACCCACACAGGCAUGAGUUGUUUUAGCCCUGUUAUCAACAUUGUCAGACACCCACUCUGGGGACGAAUACAGGAAACGUAUGGUGAGGAUCCUUACUUAACAGGCGUCUAUGCCACUGGAUAUGUGCAAGGAUUGCAGGGGCCCAACCCCCAUUAUGUUCGUGCAACUUCUGGUUGCAAACAUUUUGCUGCAUAUGCUGGGCCUGAAAAUCGACCUGUGUCUCGACUUGGUUUUAAUGCACAGGUAUCUGAAAGAGAUCUUCGACUUACCCAUCUGCCUGCCUUCCAAACCUGUGUAGAGGCUGGAACUUAUAAUAUUAUGUGCAGUUACAACAGCGUCAAUGGCAUACCAGCCUGUGCCCACAAACGUUUGCUUACAGACAUUUUACGCAAAGAAUGGGGUUUUAAAGGUUACGUUAUUAGUGAUGAAGGUGCCAUUGAAUUUAUGUUGAUUUGGCACGGCUACAGAACGACCCCAACCAAAAUUGCUGCAGCUAGUCUUAACGCAGGAUGUAAUCUUGAACUGUCAGCCGCUCUCAAAAAACCUUUUUAUUUUGAGCUUGAUGAUGCCUUGAGGAAGGGUCUUGUGACUGAAAAGACAAUCCGUGAAAGUGUUAAGCCUCUGUUUUACACCCGGAUGAAACUUGGUGAAUUUGAUCCGCCACACAUGAAUCCUUAUUCGCAUUUAAACAUGUCUGUUGUACAGAGUCCAGCUCAUCAGAAACUGGCAGUGAAAGCAGCUCUUCACACGUUUGUCUUGUUGAAAAAUGAUCAUAAUAUUCUACCUCUCAAGAAGGAGUUUUCUCGUAUUGCAAUUCUUGGUCCAAUGGCUAACAAUACUGUCCAAAUGUAUGGUGAUUACAGUCCAAGCAUUGACCCUAAAUAUGCAGUGACACCUUUGGCUGGUCUUUCUGCUUUGGCUGAACAGUCUAACUAUGCAGCUGGAUGCACAGAUAAUAAAUGCACAGAUUACAAUGAAGAUGAAAUUAAAAAAGCUGUCAAAGAUACACAGCUUAUAAUUGUCUGCCUGGGAACAGGUAAAGAAAUUGAAAUGGAAGGACAUGACCGUAAAAAUCUCGACCUCCCAGGUAAACAACUCCAAUUGCUUCAAGAUGCUGUUAAAUAUGGUCCUGGCAUUCCUGUGGUCUUACUUAUUUUUAGUGCUGGACCACUGGACAUUUCUUGGGCUGAUCAAAGUUCUCAUGUAUCAGCCAUUGUCCAGUGUUUCUUCCCAGCUCAAGCAACAGGUACAGCUCUCUACAUGAUGCUGGUUAAUAAUCAACGAACAGACUCUAAUCCAUCAGCCAGGUUACCACUUACAUGGCCGGCCUCCAUGAAUCAGGUUCCUCCAAUGACAAACUAUUCAAUGGUAGGAAGGACAUACCGUUAUUUUGUUGGUGAACCUCUUUACCACUUUGGAUAUGGCCUUUCUUAUUCAAAAUUUUUUUAUUCAAAAUUUGACAUACCUGCUAACGUAACUGUUGGCAAUCCAGUGGCGCUGUCUGUUCAAGUUCAAAAUAUGGGUCCUUAUGAUGGUGCUGAAGUGACACAAGUAUAUAUUUCUUGGGUGAAUCCUUCAGUACCUAUGCCAAAAAUCCAAUUGGCUGGCUUUCAGCGGACUUCGUGGAAGGUUAAAGAAAGUGGCCUGUUGAAAUUUAUAAUUCAACCAAAACAACUGGCUGUAUGGGAUGAUCACAAAGGAUUUAUAGUCAAGGAAGGUGAGAUAGUGGUUACAGUUGGAGGUUACCAACCUGGAAUUAAACGUAGAGUCAGUUCCAAUGUCUUGAAGAAAACCAUUUUUAUAACAGGACCCACGCUAUCAUUAGGACCAAAUUAUAAAAUUUAA